AUGGCUAAACUAUUAGUGCUUCUGUCUCUCGCGGCGUUUGCCAGUGCGAACUCUUAUACCGCAUCGAAAUUAGUAAAAAAUAUUUACAACGAAUGUUUAAGUCAGUAUUCGGUGGAAUGUGUGAAACCGAGGACCCUGCAGUGGAUUUCGCAAGUGUCCAAUGAUGAAGAGAUCAAAAUUACGGAUGACCUCUCCAUUGUCAAGACUGCAACGAUUGACGGUGAUAUGGAACUGGACCCUAGGAUGGCCAGCGACCCUGCCUACCAGAUCGUCGACAAAGUAGACAGUUUCAUCCAGACGCAUACACUCAAAGUGAAAGUUCCGGAGGAAAUCUCAAACAGUGCUGCUUCUGCAUAUGUGCCGAGGUCAUUAUUAGCUGAUCUGCCUUCUGAAUUGGAAAUGCCUUUAGAUGGUGAAGAGGACAGUCAAGUAUUCGAGGGCAGGAAGAAGAAGAUCAAGCUCCCCAAGCCCUUGAGGAUCAAGAGCAAACAUGGUUUUAUCAAGAAGGUUCUGCUGCCCUUCCUCCUCGGAUUGAAGUUCAAGGCAUCGGUUCUAGUCCCCUUGGCUCUUGCCCUCAUCGCACUCAAGACUUGGAAGGCCCUAACUCUGGGUCUUAUCUCUCUUGUCCUAUCCGGAGCCAUGGUUAUCUUCAAGUUCACGAAACCUAAAGUUGUGAACUACGAAGUCAUCCAUUAUCCUCAGCACCACGUUGAGCAUCAUGUGGAUCACCACGCUCCUGGAUGGGAUGCCCAUGGACCUUACCAGAGGAGUUUGGAAGACGCCCACGAAAUAGCCUACUCAGGACAAAUAUAA